AUGUCCCGUAUCAUCUCGCAAGACCGUGGUGCCCAUGACAGUUAUGGGCCACCGGAUGGUCUUAAACUGGCAGAAAAAAAUGCCAGAGACGGCCGCACAAGCGCCGACGGCAUAGUUGAACAAACGUCGGCCGAUGAUAUGCUCGGCCAUCUUGGCUAUGACGCGCAGCUGAGCCGCAAUCGCUCGACCUCCCACGUCGCCUUCAUGGCGUUCGUCUUGGCGGCAAACCCCUACGGCCUGGCGACUACCCUGAAUUACCCCCUGAUUGGCGGAGGACCUGUUAACAUCAUAUGGGGGUGGCUACUUGUUGCACUUAUCGUCAUCUGUGUGGCCGCGUCUCUUGGAGAAAUCACCAGCAUCUAUCCCACAGCAGGAGGUGGGUUUGUUCGGGCUCCGUCCAUCUACGGUCCGGUUGAUCCAUGGCUGCCAACUGACGAUGGUUUGACCAGGCGUGUACUACCAAACCGCAAUGCUUACUCCAGAGAAACACCGACCUCUGACGAGCUGGAUUUGUGGAUGGCUUUUUGUCGUAGGCAAUAUCUCUAUCACUCUGUCUGUCAACUUUGGCACGGCGACCUUUUUCGCGGCCUGUCUCAACGUGUUCGAGUCAGAGCCCGGUGUAGGCAUCUUUCCUGGACAGACAUAUCAGAUUUUUCUCAUCUUCGUUGCCAUUACCCUGCUAUGCAACCUUGUUGCCUCGUUGGGCAAUCGCUGGCUUCCGUGGAUAGACGUGAGUUGCUGGACCACCCCAGGCCGCCCCCCCUUGAAAGAUUUUGUUCCUCGUUGACAUGCAGCCUGAAGACCUUCGCUAUCUUUUGGACCUUUGCCGGAGUCAUCGCAAUCAUCAUAUCUGUCCUUGUCGUCGCCCGUAAUGGGAGGCGUUCAGCUGGUUACGUCUUUGGUCAUUUUGAGACACAGUCUGGCUGGCCCUACGGGUGGUCGUUUUGCAUUGGGUUGAUGCAUGCUGGCUAUGCCACGUCGUCUACCGGCAUGAUUAUCUCGUAA